UAUCCCCCACUACUCCACCUCUGUUCACUGAGGCGGGUGGUGGUUUUAAUCUGAGUGGAUUAUGGGGGCGGAGACUUCUCCCUGUGCACCAAUGGCUGUGUCCCAUCCGUCCGUAUCCCAAGACACCAGCCGGCCAGAGAGAGUGCUGCGGCCGGCCCACUCUCCUCCCUCUCACACUCACACACUCCCACACACACACACACACUCUCUCUGUGAGCAGAGUAGUUAGCGAGUGCCUGAUAGCCAGCGGGACACAGCGUGAGGUAGAGGAGUUUGGACGAGUGUUUAACGAAGAUAAAGACCGUCUCAUCCUGGACUUUAGUUUAGUGUGUGGGUGUGUGUCUGUGUGCCUAUGCGUGUGUGUUGAGUUCUUUUUUUUAUUUUUUCCUGAGGGGAGAGUGGAUUUGUGUCCUGUUGGAAUUUCCUUGUGGGGGUUUCUGGAGAGUAGUGUGUGUCUGUGUGUGUGUGUAUGUGAAGAGUGUGUGUAGUGUGUGAAGAGUGUGUGUAACUGGUUCUCCAGGAGCUAGCGAGUGGUGAUGGAGAACACACACAUGCGACGGAAGCGUUUGGGGCGCUGAAGCGGCGGGACGGCAUGAGUUUGUGUGUGUGUGUGUGUGUGUGUGUGUGUGUGCCUGAGUUUGGGUCUUCUCUUUCUGGCCAGUAGAAACUUCUAGACGCUCCAGGACCUCUCUGCACAGGCGAGGAUCCUGAACACUCUGCCUUAGACCACGAGGAUCCUGAACGCUCUGCCUUAGAACACGCCAUCUGGAGCGGCUCCAGUCCUCUCCGGUUCUCUCCUAACUCUGCUUGACUUUUCCGGUGUGCUCAAGGACACAAGACAAGGAUACCGCCACGCUUGUGUCCUACCUCCGUCCUGGACCUGGAUUUAACUUUGGAUAAGAGUGUGUGUGUGUGUGUGUGUGUGUGUGUGUUUAGAGGCUUCUGACCGAGAUUCACACUGCUGAGGCCUUUCCUGUGCGUGUGUGUGUGUGCGUGUGUGUGUGUGCGUUUGCGUGUACGUUGCGUCUACAGAAAGUUCUGGAAGUGUGUGACGCUACGACAGGAAGAUGCUGCUGCUGGGAUGCGGCUGCGUGCCGGGCAGUGGUAGACUGGGAUGUGGGGGCCGGGAACGCCGGGAACGCCGGGGGUUGAGCCGGACGGGGAGAGCGAUGGCCGUGUGGAUCUUCUUCUCAGCGUACCUGUGCUUCAGUGCCCACGCUCAGAUGAGGAUCCCACCAGAGACGGUCCUGGACUGGGCCAACACGUUUGGUCGUCAGCUUGUUUCCAUGUCAACCAAAUACUCUGGGGCCCUCCUCCUGCAGAAGAAGUAUAGGGACAUCGAGCCCAUUGUGAAGAUGGAGGAGGUGGAGGGGUCAGAGCUGGUGCAGUCGUUCGCUGAGGAGAUGGAGAAGAUGCUGGGGAGGAAGAUGAAGUCUGUGAAGAGAUUGACUGAGGCUGCUGAAGACGCUGACCUGUACCAUGAAUACAACGCCACUUUGGAGUUUGACUACUACAACUCCAUGCUGAUCAACUCGGCGGAUGACGAGGGCAACUUCAUGGAGCUGGGGGGGGAGUUUGCCCUGGAGGAGAACGAACACUUCAACAAACUGCCUGUCAACACACAACAGAGCGACAUACAGGUGCCAACCAACGUCUACAACAAGGACCCUGAUAUCGUGAACGGUGUGUACAUGUCCGAGGCCCUGAAUGACAUCUUCAUCAGCAACUUUGAGAAGGACCCCACGCUCACCUGGCAGUACUUCGGCAGUUCCACAGGAUUCUUCAGGCUUUACCCUGGAAUUAAGUGGACUCCAGAUGAGAAUGGGGUUGUGACGUUUGAUGCUAGGAAUCGUAACUGGUACAUCCAGGCUGCCACCUCCCCUAAGGACAUCAUCAUCGUGGUGGACGUCAGCGGCAGCAUGAAGGGCCUCCGUCUGACCAUCGCCAAACACACCAUCAACACCAUCCUGGACACACUCGGCGAGAACGACUUCGUCAACGUCAUCGCCUACAGUGACUAUGUGCGCUACGUGGAGCCCUGUUUCAGAGGCACGCUGGUGCAGGCCGACCUGGACAACAGAGAGCACUUCAAGCUGCUGGUUGAGGGGUUGCAUGUGAAAGGAGAGGGCAAAGUCAAGAAGGCCAUGAAGGAAGCAUUCCGUAUCCUCAACGUGGCGGCUACGUUGCAGGUGGGUAGUCUGUGUAAUCAGGCCAUCAUGCUCAUCACAGACGGGGCCAUGGAGGACUUUCAGCAGGUGUUUGAGGAGUUCAACUGGCCAGAGCGCAGGGUGCGGGUCUUCAGUUACCUGAUUGGACGAGAGCUUACCUUUGCUGAUAAUGUCAAGUGGAUUGCCUGCAACAACAAAGGUUACUACACACACAUCUCCACCCUGGCUGACGUGCAGGAGAAUGUGAUGGAGUACCUCCACGUCCUCAGCCGACCAAUGGUUAUCAACCACGACCAUGACAUCAUCUGGACUGAAGCCUACAUGGACAGUGUGCUCCCCAACACUGCUGAGCUCUUCAGCACUCAAGCCCAGAGUCUGCUGCUGAUGACAUCAGUGGCCAUGCCUGUGUUCAGCAAGAAAGAGGAGACGCUCUCCCACGGCAUCCUGCUGGGGGUGGUGGGGACGGACGUACCUCUCAGGGAGCUGAUGAGGCUGGCGCCCAGAUACAAGCUGGGGGUUCAUGGCUAUGCGUUCCUCAACACUAACAACGGCUACAUCAUGUCUCACCCUGAUCUCAGACCGCUGUAUAAGGACGGAAAGAAACUGAAACCCAAACCAAACUACAACAGCGUGGACCUGAAUGAGGUGGAAUGGGAGGACACAGAGGAGAUAUUGAGAACUGCUAUGGUGAAAGGGGAAACAGGAAGUCUAUCGUUGGAUGUCAGAGCCACUGUGGAGAAGGGGAGACGUGUGCUGUUUCUGAAGAAUGACUACUUCUACACCGCCAUUAAGGACACUCCAUUCAGUUUGGGAAUGGUGCUGACUCGUGGCCAUGGGGAGUUCAUCUUCCUGGGGAAUGUCUCUGUGGAGGAAGGUCUGCAUGAUCUCACAGCCUAUGAUGUGUCCAUAGCCGAUGAAUGGACAUACUGUGAGACAGACAUUGACCCACACCACCGCAAGUACACACAGCUGCAGGCCGUCAUCCGCUACCUCACAGGAAAGGAACCAGAGCUGGAGUGUGAUGAGGACCUGAUGCGUCAGACGCUGUUCGAUGCCGUGGUAACCGCUCCCAUGGAGGCCUACUGGACUGCCAUCAUGCUCAACGUCUCUGGUAUUGAUGAGGGCGUUGAGACGGCCUUCCUGGGAACGCGCUCGGGACUCAUGCGCCUCAUCAGAUUCGUCGGCAACGAGAAACGUGUUGGAAAGAAGUUCUUGUCUGCGGCGGAUAAGGAGAACAUCUUCACCCUGGACCACUUCCCCCUCUGGUACCGACGCGCCGCGGAGUACCCCGACGGAAAGUUCCUCUACUACCUGCCCAAGGAGGACACCAGAGAUGUUUUCAGGGAUUAUGAGUCCGACUCUAGCGCCUCCCUCAGUCCGGAGGACCUUGAGCUGGAGUACGAGGAUGAGGAUGACGAGAGGAUUGUGAUCGCCACCACGUCCGUGACGGUGACCGUGGACAAGAAGAAGGCCAUCGCUGGAGCCCUUGGUAUUCAGAUGACCCUGGACAUGAUGGAGAAAAAGUUUUUUUCUGUAACCACACAGCAGCCCAACGACACGGAUUGUUCUGCUGUUGAAGGCCUGUGUCCACUCAGCUGCAGUCUGCCUGAGAUAAAUUGCUAUGUGACCGACAGCAAUGGCUUCGUGAUGAUCUCCCAGGACCGAAAUGACGUGGGGCGCUUCUUCGGGGAGGUCGAUGGCUCAGUCAUGGCAACACUUCUCCGGAUGGGCAUGUUCAAACGGGUAUCGCUGUUUGACUACCAGGCCAUGUGCAAGACAGGAUCCCACUCUGCCAGCAGUGCUCGGCCUCUGCUCAGCCCCUUCUAUGGUGUGUUGGGGGUGCUGAAGUGGUUCCUCUCCAACUUCCUGCUGUUCCUAAUGGACUUUAGUUUCUGUGGCCUUUGGCACUCAGAUCAGUUUGUGGACGCCGGAACGUUCCAUGCAUCAAAUAAGAAGAAGUCUGGGACAUCCUACAGCCGUGUGAUACUGAGUAUCCCAGUUUUGUCUACGAGCCGUCAAUCAAGGAGACGAACAGCGUCAUCAAAUGUGGACGUUGUCAGAAGGUGUUUGUCAUCCAGCAGAUCCCUGACAGUAACCUGCUGAUGGUGGUGGUCCAGGCGGACUGUGACUGCUCACGCCAGUACCCCCCCAUCACCAUGAACCCCAAAGAGGUCAAG